UAGGAGCUUGUAUGUCUCAAACAUCAGCAGCAGGAAGGUGCAAUGGAAGGCGAGGCAGUUGAAGCUAUCGUGGAAGAAUCGGAAACUUUUAUUAAGGGCAAAGAGAGAAAAACCUACCAAAGGCGCCGUGACGGUGGGCAGGAGGACGAUGCUUGUCAUAUCCCACCAAACCAGGCAGAUGGGGGUGAAGUAGUUCAGGAUGUCAAUAGUGGCGUGCAGAUGGUGAUGAUGGAACAGCUGGAUCCAACGCUGCUUCAGAUGAAGACUGAAGUAAUGGAAGGUGCAGUGCCCCAGGAGGCGGAGGCUACAGUGGAUGACACACAGAUCAUCACGCUUCAGGUUGUUAAUAUGGAAGAGCAGCCUAUAAAUCUUGGAGAGCUUCAGCUAGUCCAAGUACCUGUGCCAGUGACUGUACCUGUUGCCACCACUUCUGUGGAAGAACUGCAGGGAGCGUACGAAAAUGAGGUUUCUAAAGGAGGCCUGCAGGAGGGAGAGCCCAUGAUCUGUCACACUCUCCCUUUACCAGAAGGCUUCCAGGUAGUGAAAGUGGGUGCAAAUGGUGAGGUGGAGACACUGGAGCAAGGUGAACUUCAGCCCCAAGAGGAUCCCAAUUGGCAAAAAGAUCCAGACUAUCAGCCACCAGCCAAAAAAACAAAGAAAAACAAAAAGAGUAAACUCCGCUACACGGAGGAAGGCAAAGAUGUGGAUGUGUCUGUGUACGACUUUGAAGAGGAGCAGCAGGAGGGUUUGUUGUCCGAGGUCAAUGCUGAAAAGGUAGUGGGCAACAUGAAGCCACCUAAACCAACAAAAAUCAAAAAGAAAGGUGUAAAGAAGACAUUCCAGUGCGAGCUGUGCAGUUACACUUGUCCCCGCCGUUCCAACUUGGACCGCCACAUGAAAAGCCACACUGAUGAAAGACCACACAAGUGCCAUCUCUGUGGCAGGGCUUUUCGGACAGUCACGUUACUGAGAAACCACCUCAACACUCACACAGGUACUCGCCCUCACAAGUGCCCAGACUGCGAUAUGGCCUUCGUGACCAGUGGAGAGUUGGUUCGACAUCGCCGUUACAAACACACCCAUGAGAAACCCUUCAAAUGUUCAAUGUGUGACUAUGCUAGUGUGGAGGUUAGCAAAUUGAAACGCCACAUUCGCUCUCACACUGGAGAGCGUCCGUUCCAGUGCAGCUUGUGCAGCUAUGCCAGCAGGGACACGUACAAACUGAAGAGGCACAUGAGGACCCACUCUGGAGAGAAGCCAUAUGAAUGUUACAUCUGCCAUGCCCGUUUCACUCAGAGUGGUACCAUGAAGAUGCACAUUUUACAAAAGCAUACAGAGAAUGUGGCCAAAUUUCACUGUCCUCACUGUGAUACUGUUAUAGCAAGAAAGAGUGAUCUGGGUGUCCAUUUGCGAAAGCAGCAUUCCUACAUUGAGCAGGGCAAGAAAUGUCGCUACUGUGACGCCGUGUUUCACGAGCGAUACGCCCUCAUCCAGCAUCAAAAGUCCCACAAGAAUGAGAAGCGCUUCAAGUGUGACCAGUGCGAUUACGCGUGCAGGCAGGAGCGGCACAUGAUCAUGCAUAAACGGACCCAUACUGGAGAAAAGCCUUACGCCUGCAGCCAUUGCGAUAAAACCUUCCGUCAAAAGCAGCUCCUUGAUAUGCACUUCAAACGAUACCACGAUCCCAACUUCGUCCCUGCCGCGUUUGUGUGUUCCAAGUGUGGUAAAACGUUCACUCGCAGGAACACAAUGGCCAGACACGCUGAUAACUGUUCUGGCCCAGAUGGUCGAGAAGGAGAGAAUGGAGGAGAGACAAAGAAAGGCAAACGUGGCAGAAAGAGGAAGAUGCGCUCUAAGAAAGAAGAUUCUUCUGAUAGUGAGGAAAAUGCUGAACCAGAUUUGGAUGAUAAUGAAGAUGAAGAGGAGACAGCAGUAGAAAUUGAGGCUGAACCAGAAGUUGAGCCAGAGGCUCCUGCACCACCUCCUAGUAAGAAACGAAGAGGAAGACCGCCCGGCAAAGCUGCCACCCAACCAAAACAAUCUCAGCCUGCAGCAAUCAUUCAGGUUGAAGACCAGAACACUGGUGAAAUUGAAAAUAUUAUAGUUGAAGUAAAGAAAGAACCUGAUGCAGAAACAGUAGAGGAGGAGGAAGAAGCUCAGCCUGCUGUAGUGGAAGCUCCGAAUGGAGACCUCACUCCUGAGAUGAUUCUCAGCAUGAUGGACCGGUGAUGGAAGAACACCACGCUGGAUGACUGAACUGGCCUGGGCUGUGUUUAAGCGGCUCAAAUCUAUUUUUUCCUUUUACCUUUUUUUCUUGGCUUUGGGAAAUGCAUCAUUUUAGACCAUUUUACCAAACAUACUGGGAAAUAAAACUU